CAUUUAACACAUUUUAGUAAGUUCUUCCAAGUUGUACAUCAUAAUUUAUGGUUAUGAUAUUUACACAAUUUAAAUAUCACUUAAUGUAACACGGACCCAACUGAUGUCAUAAAAAAAUAAAUAAAUAAAUAAAAUGGAUGGCUCAGCCCAGUACAAAAGAAUCAAACUUGUACUACAAUGGACACAUGUAAACCAGACAAGGAAUAAAGUUAACACUUCAGUUUCUCAAUUGUGAGCUAGGAUAACACAGGACAGUUUUAAUGAGCACACAUUCUUAAAAAUGAUCACGUUUCUCCCUCCCUCACCCUACUUUUUUGAAUGCUAUGUCACUGUUACUAAGGAUUUUCAGCCUGUGACCAUGACAUUACGACAAUUUUGUUUUUGUUGAUAAAAACCUGUUAUGAAACCAAUAACUAACUUAAUCACGACAUGAAAUGAUUUUAGAAUGACUAUAUUGCUUUCCUCCCCGCUCAGCAUACUGAAAAAAGCAGACACCGCAGGGACUUGAACCCUGUCCAGACAAAGUCCGGAGUGCCACCACCGGAGUCUUUUGCUUUUUGUUGUUGCUGUAAUAAGGGCAAAAGCAAAACCUGGAGGAACAAAAUCAAGAGUUUGUUCCUCCAGGAAAAGAAAACCCCUAAAACGCUUGGCUGCUAUUUUAUCCUGUCACCGCAUGGGGAUUUUCUCUUGGUCACGAGGCUGAAACUAGAAGAAGAAGACAACUGGUUUCCCCAAUCCCCAGCAUUCCCCACGACACUGCAUUGGUGUAUGACUGAUUCCACCAGAUCCUUUUAUCCAUAUUAAAGCCACGAUACCAGCAUCCCUGGUGAUACUCAAAGCCGUUAUUCCCCAUUGCAAUUCAGCAGGACUCGCAGGUCAAACGAUCUGAGAAGGCUUUCUUGCCAAGUUUAUGGCUGUAAUGGAAAGAAGACAGACAAUUUAAGCCUCCCCACCCCCCUCCCACAUAAACCCCACACUGUAAUACCAAGACUCAUCCAAUGUGACAAAUUAUGUCAAUAUGGUCAUUGUUUACCACGAAUGGCGUAGCAGCAUUUACCACAGCUAUUCAUCCUCAGUGAUGCUCAAUUCUUCUGAGAAAAAAAAAAGAUUGUACCCUAGAGGCUGGCUGUACCAAGACAUCCCAUGACUCCCUGCAGGGCUUUAAGUCACCUGGCUCAGUAGAAAGUUAAGCUGAACGAGAAAUCUGAAAGGAAGAGAGAAGAGUGUUGCCCCUCCCCAAAAAACCCCUGACCGAAAUACUACUGCAACGUCUGACAACGACUUCAUGGACAUUAUGUUGGGUAUUACGAAUAAAAUGUUAUGCAGAGCUGAUGUGCAUGCAACAUGUUGAGUUACACAUUUAAGCCAUGGUAUGUUAAAGAAAAAUCAAGGGAACCGAAAUUACUUAACUUAGCACCCAUGAGACUGAAGUGAUGCAGUAUUAGCGAGACAAGCUUGCAGCUCUUGAUCUUAAUGUGACUGGAUUCUCAGUGUUCCAUCACAGGUUAGGCCAUCCCAGAUGACAAAUAAAGACAAUUUUUAGGCAAUUUGACCUGAGAAACCAAAGGGAAAAGAAAAAAGGCACACACACAAACACACAGAGAGCGGGGCUUCUGCGAAGGACGUCAAGGGUUCAGAUUUAAGCUCAAGCGCACAGGGGGGUUGGUACUUCAUUCAGGGGCCACACUCAUAUCGCUGACAGCUUCCACAGAUGGCUUUGCAUUCAGAGGCAGGCGAGAUCGGAGUGGACAGACGAGAAUGAUCUGAAACAAAGAGUGAUCUACACAACACACCCACCACACAAUACUCAAAGAUUCGAGUUCUACUCAUCUUAUGGUUUAAGAUGCAAAGCAAUAGGGCCCCGUGGCCAAAGAGGAAUAUGCUAGUAAAGCAUUGUUGUUACUGAUGAUCUGAGGUUAACAUAAAGCCAGUUCCAAGAUGUCUUUUAUUUUUCCAACUACAACAUUGCAGAAGUUUAUUUUAACAAAUUAAGCCAACAUCUUACUACAUGCUCCAGGUUAGAAGACUUCACUCGUGCUUGAAUCAGUCUUGCACUCUGAUUUCUGUGAAGAGAAGUGUAGGGAUACGCCCAACCAAACCAAAUGCACAAUAUAAAACUACAGCAACACAUUUGCGCUGCAUGUCAAACCGAAUUACAGCUGUACCAUGCACAGCUUUCCUCUGCUACUUCAAUUUUGAAGACUUCGCACAGUUGCACGAUUCCAAGUUAUUUAAUGAGACCAACCUGCCACCUGCACAGUUGCGCAAGGGCUAGUAGCUGAGGGCUAAUUGUUCCGAUCUAUAUUCACCAAAAAACAACCUGACUCCAUUUGUUCAAACUGCGUGUUGGUUGAUUUCAAAGGGCAGGAUGAUUCCUGUGUUGUCCUAGGUAGACUGCAUUCUUCCUUCGGACUGUUCUGUAAGAUCAAAGAGGCAGACAAGAAACACCCCUAUGCCCCCCCUCACAGUAUCAUAGAACUGACUAUUGUUAUCCUUACCCAAAUGCUUUACUGCAGAUAACGUCAGAAUCAAUGAGGGUCCAUCAAAUCUUCCCGUUAUCACAAGAAUCUUGUUAAGAAAGCACAGCAGUGCUAUUUCUACAAUCAAGUAUAGCAAGUUGCUUUCAAUUCAAGAACAAUGAGGGCAGCUGAGCCCAUUCAAGAUAAGUGACCCCUCUAGGGUUGAGAAUUUUCUGUUUUCCAACAUCAAUAUUUGAUGGAUUCAACUUAUCUGCCUUCAAUUUCCACUUUGAAAAGGAUGUCAUUCGAGCCCAGGUCACAUCCGUGCUCUACAAAGCUCCAAGCUUUAGUCAUACCUGAAAAAGCACAAGAAAAGCUCCCCCACACAAGCCCCCAAAAAGAACAAAUGCAUACCAAAACUGUAUUCAAUCACAACAAGCUAUGCAUUUAUUAUGCAAUAAGAAAAUCCUUUACAGAUAGUUCACUCAUUGUAUUGUCAAUACAAAGCAUAGUAACUAAUUGCAAAGGAAUUGCAAUGGAGGCAUCUAGCCAGACAAUGAAUGUUAAGAGAAAGGUGAACACAUUUAGUGACCUUACGUGAUGCUCGAUGCGCAAGGAAACUUGUACAUACAAUGAGUUAGGAGAAUUCCUGAUGGUCUUGGGUAUUGGAAAGCGCACAGGACACAGCACACUGAAAAAUGCAAAGGAAAAAGCCUCUCUGCCCACAAUACCCCUCCCCAAAUACAAUGAAGCAGUACAAACUACAAGACAAUCACUGGCAUAACAGUAAUCAGAAUCAGAAGUACAACUGCCUCAGUAAGGACAACUGGUUGACUAUGAAUACAAAUCAAAGAUGGAAACUAUUUUCCAGAAGAAGCAUUUAAAUACCGCAGGCCUGAACGCGAGGGAUUCCUUCCUUAUGAACUGUAGACGUGGGCUUGAAUGUAGAUUUUUGAAGGGCGGGCCAUAAAACUUAAUCUGCAAGAGUCACAAAUACACAGCCCCCUCCCAACCCCACAAAACAGUGAAGCCUGUACAAAAUUACAAUGACUUCUAGUAAAGAGACUUGUUACCGCACUCCCUGGGAAAACAGAACUUCUUGCUACAUCGGGGGACUAGUUUUGAGGUUGCUAUCCUGCGGAGCAAAGUGUCCACUUGAAUCUUGUUGGGUGCACCUGGAUGUUUCCUAUUCAAGCCAUUUUGCGCUGGGUAACAUGGAGCUGUGAAGUCUAGGAAGAGACUGAUUAAGGCCCCACACCCCACCCUCCCUUUACCCAAAAGAUGUGCAUGAAACCCCAUUUACAACACGUUCCAAAUAGUGAAGAACAGACAAAGAAUCUAAUGGAUUUAGACCAAAUACCUUCCUACAUCUCUUUAAAUCGCAGUGGAUGCACAUGAUUCCGAUCCAUAGCACUAUAGUUAAUAAGAUGGGCUCAACUUGUACCAAGCAGCUAGCGCAGGGGGAUUCUUUCGAUGAUCAGCUUUAGGGGGCCAGGCCUGUGAAAAGAAGAACUUGACACACGUUUUAAAUGCCCCCCCCCCCUCCCUUAACCCAAAAAUCUUUACCAGCUAGGAUCAACUCCUUCCACAUAAUUUUUUCUUUUGACAGCAAAAGUACUGCAUACUAUUACAGCAUAGGCAAUGAUGAGUUAAUGUACAGGAUAGUUACACCCACAUGUACAUUUUCAUGCAAUAACUCACUGCUGGGUUAAGAGGUAGAUGUAGCUGAUCUGUAUCAAUGAAGCACUGCUGCUGAAGCACUGAUGGGUUGCCGUAUACACACAUCAAUCGGCCGCACGGGAGACCAUCCACUCUCACACUCCAAUGCUGAAAACUUCUCUGGGGGAAGACCUAUCGAACAACAAGGGAUUGCCUCUCUCUUCGGCUGAGGGAACUACUUCUGAUCGCAGGGGGUCGAGAAGUCCGAUAAGAUGUUCCUCUCGCCAGCACACUAUCAAGGCAUUCACCACAGCAGACACCACCACACUCAUGUCAGCGCACAACAGGAGGGGUGACCACGGUACAAAACGAUUUACACGGCUUGCCUGAAAAGAGGAAGAGAGAGCUGUGCGAGAAAUUGUGUUCUACAAAAAUUGUUUCUAAAAAAGGUAGUUAAAAAACUAAAUGCCUGUGAAAGUUACAGAGAUACCUCUACCCAAUAUACAAACCAACGCCUUGCUUUAAACUUGUGAAGCUAGAAGACACUUGUGCGCCCUGUCCCACCCUCUCACUGGCUGGCUUGCUCUGGAACUGCGACUGCGACUGCUGCUGCUGCUGCUGCUGCUGCUGCUGCUUCAGCGAUGGCCACUCUGUACUUCUACCCUGCCCCUGCGCCUCUGGCUCCCUCUGGUGUACACUCGCCGACAGCUGCUUCCUGCUCUCUUGGGCCCCCUCUGCUCCUCCCUCCAUGCCCUCUGGUCCUGUACUGCCUGGCACCACUCUGGUCCUCCCACGCCCUCUGGUCCUGUCCUGCCUGGCUCCACUCUGGUCCUCCCCGUGUCCCACGGCCUCGCUCCACGCUGGUCCUGCGAUCUUCCUCUAAUAACUAAGUCCAUUCUUCCUCACAAUAACUAAGUCCGUUCCUCCCCUUCGAUAACUCAGUCCAUUUCCCCCCGGAAAAAAAAAAGUUAAAAAAAUCUUCUGUCUUCUCUAAACAAUAAAAAAAAAUUGAUAACAGAAAACAAGGUCCAUAUAGAAUCAUCUUCGCCUGUGACUCCUUGAGCUACAGCUAGAGCUCUAAUAAUAUCAGCUUUGACUCCUUCCAAGAUGCAUUAAAACUUUUUCUUGGAACUUGGAACUUUAAAAAUUGCUUCUAGGACAAACUUGUAAUAAACAAAAAUCCACUUGAGUAUAGCUAGUUUUUUUUUUUUUUUUUUUUAAAGAUGCUUGCCCAAACAAUGGCAGAGAUUGCAGACUGAGGCCAGGGCCUCAUCUUCAAUUUUUACAGUUUUAGUUUACAAAAAAAAAAAAAAGAAAAAAAAAAGAUUGUCUUGGUUGCUUCUUUGGUUUUAAGAAAAAACUAAUUUCUUUAGUUAAAGAGGAAGCUGUCAUCUUCUAUAUUUAGUCUCAGGUUGGUGCUUCCAUCCUUAAAGUUAACUAAUAUUAGAUAUGACGCAGCUUGUAAAAAACUGAUUUAAGUUAUCACAAUACAUUAUGGUUUACACCUUUCUCACAAUAUUCCUCUCGCUGUUUAUAGCUUAGUAGCUCUCUGAAUGAAUUUUAAAUAGCUGACCAGCCUGCUUGAAUUAUGCAAUUAAUUGUAUCAGUAACAUUUCUUUGUUCUGAAUCAGAUAUGUUGCUUUGACUCUCGCCAGUGCCUCGCUUCUCUGCGUAGUUGAUUUCAAAGUUACGAUCUUAUUACUUGAAACAGUAUACUACUAAAUGGCUACUUUGUUAUUAACAAGCCUUUUUCCUCAUACACUCAGUUACUUAACGAACUUGCGGUAAAUACUUGCGGUUACUCGAUAUUACUUUGUGGCCUUUGCUAGCCUCCUGGAUGUGGAAAAUCCCGAUCACUCCCUUUCCAUCUGUGCCUAGUUGCGUCACGACAGGGAAAACAAGAUCGGCUACGUAAACGCGUCAUUCAAAUCAACCAAUAGCCAACAUUUGCAAGCUUCUACGUCACAGCAUCCAUCUUGAGCCAACGGCCCUUAAGAAAAUAAAGAAAACGGACCUGGAUUCUAUACUUUAAAAUAUACAUAACGUUAACCUGGUGUGCUGACCUGUAGCAUAAAGCGUUAACUGCCAUAGUUACAAGACGGCAAUGAUAGCAUAGCAAGUUCUGACAAUGCUGGCAUUAACGUUAGUUUAUAUUCGGCUAACUUAGCCUAACGUUAGAUCGCCCGCUAAAUCGUGUCGACAGAAAAAGCUAGUAAAGGCUAUUUUCAUUAGCAUUUGUUCGCGAACAUAUAAAAGUUUAAAGACAAACUGUCUUACUGGAAAAAAAACAAAACAAAAGAACAAUGCGUAACUUGAUACUGAAGCUGUAUUUGCCCUCAAAGCAGGGCCUAGCGCUCACUGACUAUCAUCAAAACACAUUAAAUUGAAACACCUCACAAAUAUCAAGCUAGGAAGAGCAAAUCUUCAUAUCUUCGAGCCUAACGAUCGAAUCUCUAAGUAUAAAAACGAAGAAAAACAAGAUCGAUUUAACCUGCCGCGUCUCCUAACGCGCUGAAACAACAUCAGUGUCGUGUGGGUUAGAAUCGGCGUCACUCGCUCUAUUUAUAGUGGUUGGGUGAUUCGGCUACUGCAAGAGGAGAUAUUCGUCCGAGGAGAAAGUAGUUCCACUUUUAUGCAACAAAAACUCUUACAUGUGUUGAUUUGGCGUUUAGAAUCCAGUCCAAACCAUUAGGGUUAACUAAGUAAUCAAAUAUGUGAGGAAACACUGUACUGACGAUUUUCUUAAACACACUACUGCUACACGAAGUUCUCUUCUCAUUUGAAAUGGCUUAAGAAGACACAAGAGAGGGUAGUGUGUGGUUUUCUCGAGAAAGCUACUUGAAUCUCAUAUAUGUAUAUCUGAAACACGGAUUUGUUGAGUAAUAAACAAUAACGACACACAUUUUCACCCUGUAGUACCAAGAUAACGAACAACCAAAACAGCUGACGUCACAGGAACGGCUGCGCGCAUUAAUUUUUACUUUAGUGUAACACGGUCCCACAAACCGGAUCAAACUAGAAUAUGGUUGAAUCGCCGGAUCUACUUCCCCUUUACUGCAAUGAUUUGCUGUUUGUGAUUGAGGAACAAUAGAAAACAGCCAACUCAUCUCCUUUUAACUUGCUACCCAAUGUUCCAUAAUGCGUUUUUCUUUUUUGGUAGAUUGAUAGUUGCUGUAAAAGCUGCCGAUGCCUGCAGUAUUUUUUCAACAACUGUAUCAUGUGGUAUCAUGUAGGCUGAUUUUUACAAGCCUUUAUAACGUUAUUGUAGGCUUUAAUGUUCCGCUAAACAUGGACUUAAGUAGUAGAUCAUUACAGGUGUUAAAGCUGGCUGAAGAAUGUACGUGACAAGACUAGAAAUAUCCAGAAACAUCCAGUGCCAGAAAGUGUGAGUGGAAAAUUACCAGGUCUAAAGGCAAGAAUGGAAGUUUCAUUUGUUCACCAGCAGGGGGUGCAGUGCAAAUACAUGCCAUUUGUCACGUCUCUCCCAGCACAUGAAAUCUGCCCAGCCCCUCUCUUGUGUUUUCAUUUACUGUUUUUCAACAUUGAUUACAGUAACUUGGACAUGUCUGGGCAACCUCCCUUAUAUAACUAUUCUUAUGAUAACUCUAUGCAAUUGAUCAGCAACACCCUGGUGAGGGGAGUUGUCCUCUGGAUGAGUUUCAGCCCCUCCCGGGCGCAAUGAAUUGAUCGCUAUCAUGGUUGUUAGUCAGGAUAUAGUCAGUGCUAUAGAGGCAUUAGGAAAAGUGGCAUCUCCUUUCAUGUGAUAACCAUGUCACAAAGAGGCCUUCACUUCUGUGAGCUGAUCAAGAUCUUGGUGUGAAUUACUUGCUAAUCAAAGUCAUUAUGAUGGGCUUGGUUUCAAUUUGCAUUGUAGACUGUUUUAGAAGCUCUGAAGAAUAAACAAUUGUAAUUAUAAUUAGAUUGUUUAUGGAAAUAGAGAGGACAGUUGUAUCAGUCCUCUCUGAUGGUAUAUCACGAUAAUGAUCACAAUAAAGUAAUUUUCCUGGAAAAUCAAUUGUUUAUUAAUGGAAUAACCUGACAAAGAAGAGUAAUUCUAAACCCAACUGGUCGAGGCAGAUGGCCGCCCACCUUGAGUCCGGUUCUGCUCGAGGUUUCUGCCUCUUAAAAGGAAGUUUUUCCUUGCCACAGUCGCCUAGUGCUUGCUCAUGGUGGGAUCUGUUGGGUUUCUCUCCUGUAAAUUGUAUAAGAUAAAGAGUAUGGUCUAGACCUGCUCUAUAUGUACAGUGCCUCGAGAUAACCUCUGUUGUGAAUUGGCGCUAUAUAAAUAAAAUUUGACUUGACUUGACUUAAUUUGGCCAAUCCUGCCGAUUAAAUACCUGUCAAAUAAAGUACUUAAUCAUAGGUCUAAUAUGACCAAAUUAGUAAGUCUCCCUCACUGAUUUGUAACAUUGCCAACAAUUAUUUAACAAACAUACAGUAUUAAAGGGGGUAGCUACUGUAGUAAGAACAAUAUGAUACAACCUGUCAUAUCAUUCACCCCUAGUAAAUGUAAUUACAUAGGCCUCAGCUGAAUGGUUGCAGGAAACCUCUUAAAAUCAAUGGGGCAACUAUGGGCAGAUCAAUAGCUUUGAAUGAUGCUUGUACAUGAUUUUUGUAUAUUAAUAACAAUACUGGUGAUAACAAAGUUUAAAAAAAAGUCACAUAAGAUUUUAAAACAUAGACAUGAAGUGUGAAGCAGCACAAACAUCACUUUUGAAGGUUAUAUCAGUGGGCUAAAUGAACCCAGUUAUAGAUCCUGUUCCAAAGGGCUUGGUUCGAUUGUACUCUGGAUAAGGACAAAGGUCCCACUCUUUCAGCUGGUUCAUUGAGCAUCCAACUGUUACAUCAGGCGUGAUGCAAAAUCAAGCCACCAUCCAGGAAAACAUACAUUCCUGCUCACUAGCCGUGAUUCCAUUAUUCUGCAGCCAGACGCUGAGGGAGACAAACUUAUUCAUAGAUAGAUGCACAAACAAUCCAACAGACUUUGAGAUUUAUCCUCAGCAGAGACUAUUGUGAGCAAACUUUUUGAGGACUGAACUCCUUUUCAACUGGCUUAGAAACAUUUUGUACCUAUCUUUGUGGUCAGAAUGGCUGUAAACAGCAGUAAAUUAUUGUCUGGUCUGCAGUGAUGAUCUUUGCAGCUGACAGAGUAGUAGUAGCUUUAUAGAGCUCAGGGAAGAAAAUACAGUUCCAGCAGAGGAAACAGCAGAGAACCAACACGGAUCACCAUCACUACUCCUUGUACAGUCAACCCAACCAGGACGGCAUCCACAGCCUACCACCAGGGAAGAGACAGGUGAUGGAGAAGUUCUUUAAGCCCGUUCACAGCCCCACUGCUCCGGACGAGAUCAAGCCGCGGAAGCACCACCAUCAUCAUCACCUUCACCAUCACCAAGAGCCUCAGUCACACAGGUACACAGUGUUUGAUGACGCAGAUAGAAACACAGAUGAAAGCCAUGGGCACCACCGCCACCACCAUCAUGGUCACUACCUCCAUGACAGCCCUCACCACGAUGUCCAUCACCGUCACCAAACACAGCAGUUUCACCACAGCGAAGAAGAUGAGAUACUUUACAACCACAACAACCCCGUAACUCUCUCCAGGGCCUCUUCCUCUUCCCUUUCUUCCUCCUCUUCUUCCUCCUCCUCUUCUUCCUCCUGGUACACAGAGGCAAACGCUCCCUUCUCCCUUUGUCACGCUGAGCGACCGCAGCAUUUCCUGUCCUGCUCCAACAUCUUGGAGGCACGCCGAGGUUUUCGGGAAGACGACAGCAGCGAGCCCAUCGUCUUUGCCACAGUCAAACACGGCAAAAAAGGCAGUGUCUGUAGUGAGACACAUGCAAGCUCCCAACAGAGGGGAAAGCACGGUUUUUCUUGUCUUGACCGAGGCUACAGCAGAAGUGAAGAAGGCCUUCUGCAGGGUAAUGAGAGUGAUCUUGAAGCAGAACAAUCCAGGGUACCGCACAUGAACUAUGGGCCUCUGUAUAAGACAGCUAGUUUGAACCGAAGCCUGGCUUUUAGUGAGGAGGACAUUCUGCUAGGGGUCUCCAGGGGCCCCAAGAGAGCAGUGUCCUCCAGCCAGCUACCCAGCAAAGGGAUCCUCAAGAACAAGGCCCCUCUUACUGACAUUCGCAAGGCUAAGUCAAUGGAGGUGCUGUCGCCAAGGGUUUCUAAAGGACAGGAUUCUAGUGGACAGAAAGGGAAAGUGAUCACUCAGGCUGAGAUAGAGCGAGCCAGGUCAAACUUUAUGCAAGGAAAGUUGCAAUUCUCAGCCUUUCUAGAUGAGAUAACUAAACAAGUUAUAAGUCCAUCAGAUCUCACCAUUUUGGGUGUGAACAAUAAUAAAACCCCUGGAAAGACACCUGCCCCAGUCCCCCAGACAUCUAGUCCAGUCAAACCUCAGCUCCCACCCAAGAAGCACAGAGAGAGCUCAGCAGAGGACAGGGAGCAGCACCCGAAACAACACAGCAGGCAGGAGAAAGCAACUCGAAGCAGCUCUCGGAAACAAUCAGACUGCUCCAAUCCUGACAAACUGAUCUCAUAUUCAGCUAGGAACCACCAUGGUAGCCCCCCGCCUCAUCACUACCCCAGCUCUGCCGGCCACAGUACCCACCACGGAAGCAGCCGUAAAGACAGGAGGCCAUCGCCCACUGGAGGCUCUGUGUCAGGAGACAGAUAUGGCAGGUGUGGCCCUCAUCUUACCGACGGCACCAGCACCAGCCCAGAACCCAGUCAGCCCAAACAACGCCACCACCGCAAACAGCAGCCCGCUGCCUCCCACAGUGCACAUGCCCAGCACCUCCCUCAGCACCCGCCUCAGCAGGUGCCCCCAGGCUCUGGGCACCGAGGACCCACCGGCUCCCCUCCAUCUUCAGCCCAGGGUGCAGGAGCAGGCCUUGGAUCUGAGUCUUCGUCCACAAAGUCAGAUUCUUCCAGGGCCAGAGACACAGCCUCCACAACUACCAGUCACAGCUCAGAGCAGAGUGGUCGACAUCAUUCGCAGCCUGCGGGGCAUUUUAAACAACGCAGGGACCCACUGUGUGAUAACGAACAUCUCCAGGCACUGCAGGAGGAAAAUGCAGAUCUUCAGCAGAACUUACUGCAGACAGUGGUCUGCAUCGAGAGCCUGGAGGCGGAGUUGCAGAGGACCAGAGACGAGCUCAGUCACGUCAAAGGAGAAAUAUAAAAGGUCUGGAAU